AUGCAUUUAUUUGGGACAGAAUCUGUUUUGACGUACUCGUAUGGCGGUAAGGUUGAUGAUGAACUGUUCACAGUGCGGAAAGGAUAUUGGAUUGUAGAAAAGCAGGUGAUGGAUAUCCUGACUGUGUUGGAAACAGCAACUCUCCACCCUGUGAAUAAGGUCGAGACGAAUAUGAUAAAUAUAAAUCCAGGGAUUUGCAACGACAGAAACUAUGCAUAUACUUCGCCAUCCCUAUCGCCCAAGGAAUCCUGA